AUGCCCUUCCUGCGACGCCGCGGUAACGCGGGCAGCGAGUCUGACAUGCGGCGACACACCAUCUUUGACAGUCUUCCCGUACCGCCUGCCAAAGGAACCCAUCCGCGACCCGGCUCCGCCACCGACCUUCCUGUUCUCGUAACGACGCCGGAGGAGGGAGAGGUCCCCCUGUCGAGCCUUCCCGUCUCGCCCGUGACCCCGGUGACCCCAGUGAUGCCCACUGUUGAUCUGGAACUGACAGUGUCAAGUAAUGCUCCCCAGCCUACGGGCGACCCUGUCGACCACUCCCUUUCCCCCUCCGUACCCCCCGCAGAGACCCCGAAAUCCAAGCGCUUUUCCAUGUUGAGGUUUCGUAAUGCGUCCGACUCUCAGCUAGCGGCAAAGGCAAAGCUCCAAGCUGCCUCAGAGAAGCCGCCCCCUCUUCCGCGUCCUCCCGAGAUCAUCACCACCGCGCCCACCCUCGAACCCAACGUAGUACCCAAACGACGACCCUCGAGGAUGGGAUUCUCCAGCCGGUUUGGUCGCAAAUCCGGUGAACACCUCAGAAUGGAACAGGUGGAUGAAACGAGCCAAGAUAAUACCUAUCAGCGUCGAAAGAAUGUGCGAACAGCUGGUGCGGACCAGGGAGGGAAGCAAAUCACUUUCGACGACAAGAGGCGACCAGUGUCCUCGCAUCACGCGCCUCCCGCAUACGGCGAUGAAAGUACGACGACGUUGGCGCUUCCCAUCAAUCGAUUAUCCGAAUCAUCGAGGUCAGAUGCGAGCUCAGGCGAUAGGGUAUAUGGAACCACGACGACGACCACCCAUACAGUUCACACCACGACCACCUUCUUUAGGCUCCCGCGCAGGAAACAGAAGCAGCCCGAAUCUUUGUUCCCUAUUGCACACCUCCAAAAGAAGAACCUGGCUGAGGACUCUGAUAUGUCGACCUCCUCUCAGGUUCCUGAAGCUUCAAACGCGCUGGCGAGGUCACGCUCUAGCACCCAUUUGACACCAACCCCAACUAGACCGGCAACUCAGCAUGGUGCUACAACGCCCCCGACAGGUUCUGCUACUCUGUUUUCCAAAUCGGCGACUGCUCUGUUCAGACCAAGUUCACGGAGUUCUGGCCGCGCGUCACCUACACGGACACAGCUGCAUAGGCGAGGUAGGUCCUCGACUCUGAGCUCCCUAGGCAAUAACUCGCCAAGAGAAUCCGCGGAGGAUCACCUAGCUCCUCCGGCAACCGCCAGGGCGUCCAUGUCAACGGGCAGGAAGAGCUUCGGGGAUCUCCUUGGUCUCAGUCGGUUACGUCAGAACUCUAGCUCAACGCUGACCCAACAAGGAGCCAUGACCCCCAUAACGCCAGCGUCGGGCAAUUCAAAGAACAACUCGUUACAACUUCCAAGGGACUCGAUUAUUCUACCAGAACGUCGUGAGGAUGAUACACCGGGCAAAUAUCUCGAGCGAUUAUUGGAGGUUGUCAGUCGGGGCGUCAUUGCUGCAAUUGUCUCCAAGGGUACGGACCAGUUCUCGCAGGCCGUUCUCCGAAGCUACAUGCGCAGCUUCAAGUUCUUCGAAGACCCGAUGGACAUGGCUAUUCGCAAGUUUCUCAUGGAGGCGGAACUGCCCAAGGAGACUCAGCAAAUCGACCGUACCCUACAAGCGUUUGCCAACCGCUAUCAUGAGUGCAAUCCUGGUAUCUACGCGACCGCGGACCAAGCAUACUUUAUUGCUUUCUCAUUGCUGAUUCUGCAUACCGAUGUGUUCAACAAGAACAACAAGCACAAGAUGCAGAAGGCGGACUACCUCAAGAACACGCGCGACGAAGGCGUGUUUGAUGAGAUUCUGGAGGUGUUCUACGACAAUAUUUCAUACACGCCGUUCAUCCAUGUCGAGGAUGAUCUUGAUAUUAAUGGCGAGCGAAUCAUUGCCCACAAGGCGAAAAAGAAGUCGAUAUUCCCCCAUGCCGCUCCCGAUCCAGCAAAACGGGUUGCCAAGGAACCGGUAGAUCCUUACACUCUGAUCAUCGACAAUAAGCUGGACAUCCUGAGGCCCACGCUGAGGGAUGUGAUGCAUCUAGAGGACCCAUACAAUUACCUGGGGACGGCCAGGACGCUCAACAUGAAGGAACUCCACAAAACCUUUUUCAAGACUGGCGUACUGCAGAUAGUGUCAGCACGAUCACGGCCAGACGCAUUCAUGUCUGAUCAGACAGCUAACAACCCGCAAGACGCACAUCCAGGCAUCGUUGACAUCAAGAUCACCAAGGUUGGUAUACUCUGGCGAAAGGAUACCAAGAAGAAGAAGACGAGAUCCCCGUGGCAGGAGUGGGGUGCCAUUCUUACUGGAGCCCAGCUAUACUUCUUCCGCAACACUACUUGGAUCAAGCAUCUUAUGCACCAGUUCGAGGACCACGUCAAAAAGGGUCAUGACGGUGAUCCAUGCAUUUUCAAACCACCUCUGGAAGAGUUCAAGCCCGAUGCUUUGAUGUCGACAGAUGGUGCUGUGGCACUCAUGGACUCCAGCUAUAAAAAGCACAAGCACGCCUUUGUCUAUGUCAGGCACGGUGGGUUCGAGGAGGUUCUCCUUGCCGAGGAUGACGAAGAGAUGAAUGACUGGCUGGCUAAGCUCAACUACGCUGCUGCCUUCAGAACAUCCGGAGUGCGGAUGCGGGGUGUGGUGGGAGCUAAUCUCGACGGGCAAGGGCGCAGAGCCAUGAGGAGGCUCGAUACGGGCUCACAGCGUAUACAAACACCAACAGGAGAAGUUUCGGUAUCACGAAGCAAAAUUGAUCACAAGAUGGCGCAAGACAUCCUGGCCGCUCGGAGGGCGAUAAUGCUACAGAAAAUUGCCGAUGCCAACGAGAAGCUCUUGCAGACAGAGAAGACGCUGGAAAUGCAGCUUCGGAACUCGAGGCACCUCCAAAUUCUGGCACCGAUUCAACCAAAGACGCGUGAGCAGAUGUUGCUAUCCGCAGCGCGGAUGGCAGCGCAGCUGAAGUGGACCCGGAUGGAGAUUUGGAAGCUCAAGUGUCACCGAGACAUUCUCUUGAUGGAUCUCGAAGAAGAACGCGAGAUGUUGGGCAUGCAAGCUGAGACUGCUAUUGGCGCUUUGACACCCAAACCCAGCCAGGAGCCUCUUACCAGAGAGGACACGAGAACCAGUCGUACCUCGGGGUACCCGCAGAGCCCUCAGUCUCCUGUCCAGUCCUUGAUGGCCAAAGUACCUACUGUUGUCAGGAAGCCAGACGAAGACUCUCCGCAAACUGACGUCUUCCAAACACCGCCAACCAGCGCCACUGGCCCAACGUUCCAGCAAAAGGAGGUAGAGAAUACUGACCCCCGCAAGAAAUCGGUGUCUAGUGCUGUAUCUUCUAGCCGCUCCUUGGCAGCAGCCCCAUCGAGAGGCUUGACGAGCUCGGGCUCCAAUUCGGAAAAUAAAUUCGAUCAGGACGAUAUCGAUGCGGAAGAGCGUGACCUCCUGGCGCAAGCUGGUCUGCUCGAGUCUGCUCGUCGUGGUUCGGAGCAGAGGCCCCCGAGUUUGGCCACAGAUACGGACGGUAAUGCUCAGUCUGAGAAGGAGAAGCACAGAACCCGCCGCAGCUUCCAACGCACUCUUCGCGAGGGCGCUGGCCAUAUCUCCCAUCACCGCAGCCGGAGGGGUAGGGAUUCUGCCAGCGCUAGCGUUGUGUCAGAUGAGGCCGGCCAGGAGGGUCCUGAUGUUCUCGUUCGCAGCACUGGCUCCUUUGUGGUACAUGGCAAGAAAGCUUCGGUCAUCAACUUUGGCACGGAGCUCCAGUUGCAAAACAUGUCCCCGGAGGAGCGCAUCCGUCACUGGAAGCAGCGCGACGACGCGUCCAUUGCUGAGAGCACUGAGCGUUUCGGCUCGGAGAACGGUGGCAGCCGUGACCAGGCCGUCGCGGAAGGGUCUGACUUCCGGUCCAUCCUGACCGCCAGGUCAGCCUCUCACGCGCGCCGUGAGCACCGCGGCUCCGCCGCCAGCGCCAGCACGGCAACCGCUAAGAGCUUCAGAGAUCUGCACAGCCGGAGAAAGUACUCUGCUUCUCAGCAUGCGACGACAAGGGGCGUUCCUUCUUCGUCUGCGAAUCUGACCAUUCCUUCGGACGAAGAGAGCGACGCUGCCGUCAGUUUCUCGGACGGCCGACGGACGCCUCUUCCCCCGAUCGAGGGCGAGUCGGAGCCAAGCGAGGAGAACGGCGGGCCCCUGGGGCGACGUGAGAUUCUGAACGCGACGCCGCCGCCCAGCAGCCGCGGUGAGAACCGCGACACGGUCUUUUUCACCCCACAGUCUGCUCCUGCGGCUACAAGAGACGUUUCUCCGUCGCGGAGGGAAAGUGAGGAGGGUAAGGAGGUCAGCAGCAGCAGCGAUGAGGACCGUCGUCCUGCGUCAUCAUCUGCGGCGGCGGACGUGCUGUAG